AUGAGCUUCUUCGCCCGCGUUUUCAAUCACCUGGUGAACGAGGUCCUGGUGCAAGGCCUCGCAAACAACCGGGUCUUCCAGAAGUUUGCAGUCCGCUCGAAUGCCUGGAUGACAGAGCUUGCAAAGAAGAGUGCUGACAAGCAGACCCAGAUUGCAGAGCAGGCGCAGAACUUUCACAAGACCUUCAGGGAAGAGAUGAAGAAGGGGGUUGAUGAGCAGUUCAAACGGAAGUGA